ACUGCGCAUGCUCAGUGCCGGACAGACCGGUGUCCAGUCAGUGUCUGCUUACACUGAUCAGAUGCGUUUGCCUCAUAUGCUCCGGUCCCGUUAGUUACAUUCUGUUUGCCUUCGCGUUAUUAUUGCCAAAUCUGCGGGGUUGAUGUGUUUAAACGCACACUGUAGAUUUAAAUCCAGGCAUUUAUUCACUCUCAUAUUCCACCUGGGCUGCACUGCACCUGAUGUCGGCAUAGGCAAGCGCUCGCAAGGAAAAUCAUCUUAGUACUAGAGCCAUGGAGACAGUCAUUCACUUCAUGAAUGACUCAGUAGAGUUUUAUCAAUGGAGCCUUACCAUAGCAGACAAGCGCGUGGAGAAAUGGCCGAUGAUGUCAUCGCCGCUCCCCACCCUGGGGAUCAGCGUCCUCUACCUGCUGUUCCUGUGGGCCGGACCCCUUUACAUGCAGAACCGCGAGCCUUUUCAGCUCAGAAAAACACUCAUCGUGUACAACUUCAGCAUGGUGCUGCUUAACUUCUACAUCUGCAAAGAGCUGCUCUUGGGCUCCAGAGCGGCCGGAUACAGCUACCUCUGCCAGCCCGUCAACUACUCCAAUGAUGUUAAUGAAGUCAGGAUAGCGUCGGCUCUGUGGUGGUACUACAUCUCUAAGGGAGUGGAGUUUCUGGACACAGUGUUCUUCAUCAUGAGGAAGAAGUUUAACCAGGUCAGCUUCCUGCACGUCUAUCACCACUGCACAAUGUUCAUCCUGUGGUGGAUCGGCAUCAAGUGGGUCCCUGGCGGACAGUCUUUCUUUGGAGCUACAAUUAACGCAGGCAUUCAUGUGCUGAUGUACGGCUACUACGGCUUGGCAGCGUUCGGCCCAAAGAUCCAGAAGUACCUGUGGUGGAAGAAAUACCUCACUAUUAUUCAGAUGAUCCAGUUCCACGUCACCAUUGGCCAUGCCACACACUCUCUCUACACGGACUGCCCGUUCCCGGCCUGGAUGCAGUGGGCUCUGAUCGGUUACGCCGUCACGUUCAUCAUUCUGUUCGCCAACUUCUACUACCAGACCUACCGCCGCCAGCCACGGCUCAAGUCAGCCAAAUCUGCCGUCAACGGCGUCUACACAGCAACCAAUGGCACCAGUAAGGCACCGGAGGUCACGGAAAACGGAAAGAAACAAAAGAAAGGAAAAGGAAAACAUGACUGAAAAGAAACACGGAAACACUGGGUCUCAUGGUGUUCAAGAAUGCCCAUGUAACCUCAACCAUUACAGACUGUUUGGUAAUUGUACAAAUGAAA